UUGUUGUAGCAUCAAAAUGCUGUCAAACACGAAACUCAAACGAGAGACGCUAUAGUACUUUGUAGUAAAUAAAAAACAAUCGAUUAAUUUGAAUUAUUAAAUAAAUCACGCAUUAAUAAUCCAUGGAAAGUUGCAUAAUAUAUCUAGGGACUGUGUAAAAUAGAAAUAUGGGCGAACUGUGCACGGCUUGCUUGUGUGCGGGAAGAAAUCUGUUUUGCAUCGGCGACACAGGAUUCUAUCACCUAUAUUCUCAAAUUUUAAAUGAAAUCCAGGUGUACGAUGCGUCGUCGUUCUAUCUGAAGGUGUGCUGGGAGUGCGUGGCGCGGCUCCGGAGGUGGCAUCACUUCAGGGAGAGGGCCAAACACUCCUACACACAGCUACACUAUGUGCACCAGACUACCUUGAGUCAGCCUUCCCCGAUCCCCUCAGCUCUUCAAACGAGUGAGACAUAUAGCUUCAGCUGUCCGGAGCUGCUGAUCAAAGCGGAGACUGCCGAGGGUCCGGCCGACAGCCCCGGCCUGGACAUCAAGACUGAGGAGACACAUUGCGAGCCUGAGACCUUCGCUAACGACCUGGAGCCCAGGAGACGGAAGACUGUGAAAAAGGAUGCCAAGCCAAUAAAAGACAAAAUCAAAUCCAAGAAGAAAAUUAAGCCCAAACCAGAAGCACCACUCAAGAAGAAGGUGAAAUUAAAGAAGAAACGGUCCCCGACCCCCGUAUCUGUAGAGAAUGAUGCGGCAGACUCUACGCAUCUUCUAGAAGAUGAUUUAGAAGAAGAAGAUAUACAGAAGACAGACGAUGGAGAGAAACAAGAAGAUUUUGUUGAAGAGAACACAAGACUGAACGGGGCAUCGAAGCAGUGUCCCCCCGCGGCGCCCGAGCGGCCGCAGUGCGCCGAGUGUGGGAAGAGCUUCAGCUCGCGGAAGACAUACCGGUACCAUCUCAACGUACUGCACAAAGGCCAGAACAGGUACCCAUGCCCUCGCUGCGGGAAGGUGUAUCAAUGGAAAUCGAACCUGGGACGACAUUUACGCAGUCAUAAGGCGCGAGACUCAGGCGAGUUAUACUGCGAGACAUGCGACAAACGUUUCGCGUCGGUCGCGACAUACAGGCAACAUCUGCGCGUGUCGCGGCGACAUGUCCCCGAGAGCGACUUCAGUUUCAUGUGCAACGAGUGUGGCAAGAAGUUCGUGAACAAGACUCGACUCCGCGACCACAUCGACUGGGAGCAUCUGCACAACAUCAAGUUCCGCUGUCAGCUGUGUAACAAGCCGUUCAAGUGCCACACGUCGUUGUACGUGCACAUGCAAAACGUGCACAGAAACAAGGAGAAGAAGGACAACCUCUGCCACGUCUGCGGCAAGUCCUACCAGAACGCGGCGAAGCUGAAGUACCACAUAGUGGCGAUGCACACGAGCGAGACUCCGUACCAGUGCACGCAGUGCUCCGCCGCCUUCGGCUGGUACUCCAGCCUCUACCGGCACGUGCGGGAGGUGCACUACAAGAUGAAAGUGCAGCCGAAGAAAUCGAAAAAGUCCAAAAAGCUGGACAUCCUGCCCUCUCUGCUCACCCCCCAAAUAAUCCCGCCCCCCCUACAGCCGGGACCCCCGUAACAUAUACAAAUAUAAUAGGGGUGUGGGGCCAUCCAUUAAUUACUUCACACGUUAUGGGGGGGGUUGAGGUUGGGGGGGAAGUGUGACUUUAUGUGACAAUGGGGGGAGGGGGUCUUAAAUUUUGUGACGUCACAUUUUAAUUUUAACUGUUAAAACUCAAAACCCCUUGCCAGUCACAAUUGCGACCACCGUGGCAGGCUCGAGAAAAACUACGUGUGUAAUGUUUUAAAAUAAUCUACAAGACGGACAUUGAAAUAAAAAUAAAAUGUCAUACUACCGUAUUGUCAUCAGGGGCCCUCCAUAAAUUACGUCACACGAAUUUCAUGAUUUUUGACCCCCUCCCCCGUCCUUGUUCACAGUUGGUCACAUUUGUGAGACCUCCCCCUCCCUAGUGUGACGUCACAUUUUAUAAUUUUACAUCUAGAUUAUUUUUUAGUUUUUCGAUAAUAGUUCCUAGUUCGUGUUUCAACAGUUAGAUUAUGAUAAUUGGAAUGUGACGUCACGAAAUUU